CUACCAGUUAAUAUUUUUACAUCAAAUAGGUUCUUAUUGUUUCCUGAAUAACAUUAUAUGGAAAUCCCAUUAGUGGUUUUUACAACGGUAUAUAAUCAACAAAAUUCAAGACUGUCGAUAUCAUUUUGAAGCAAAUCACUUUAAGAAACGAGUAAAAUUUUUUACUGUCUUAGUGCUUUUCUGAUUUACAGCCGUACUGCUCUCAUCUUGCAUUCUAUUUCAAAGAGAACAAACAUUACAGUAAACAUAACGAUGGAUCUCUUUCAAGUUGUAACCUUUCUCUUCUUAAACUACAUCUUGAUUGUAUCUUCGGCAUCAAUUCCAACCCGAUGUAAAAUACCAACAGACUUAAAAGUCCGCUACGAGAACUUGUCCAAUGCAACCAUUGGCAAUCAUUUUUUUCUACCAGCUGAAAUGGCUCCUGCUGAAAGUAACCGCACAACAUGGACCGUUGGUGAUAAAAGCUGCCCAACACCGCCUGUGUCUAGUGAUAUCAUCCGUGAACGUUCCACCUGUCCUUGGUACCUGAAUAUUACUCAUGAUUCAACAGUUUUCCCUCCAUCACGUAGUGAAGCAGUAUGUCGCUGUAGAAAGUGUUUAGAGUCUAAGAGCACCACCCAACAAUGUUCGACUGUAUACACUAAAAUGACCGUCCUGAAACGCACAGGUAAAUGUGUUGAUGGAUUGUAUGUGUAUGAACCACAUGUGAUUGAUGUAGCUACAGCCUGUGUGUGUGCACGGACGGUUGAUGUCAAUGCUGAUAGAAAUGAAGACGACUAUAAGACGUAAAAAUCGACCAACAUCCAAAUUGUUCACUGCGUGUAAAGCACAACUUAUUCAGUGUCAUGAAACGUCAAGUAGACCACUGUGUGGUUAUUAUUAUAUUUAUUAUAUUUAUCAUUAUUAUGUGAACCGAUAUGGAACUAAC